CACCUUAAAAAAAGAAAAAAAAAAUCAACUGAUAACAGGCGAUUAACAGGAGACAAGGCAUACAUAACACCGGAGUAAUAGCAGGAGAAUCAUUACCCAGUAGCUUAAUGGAGUACAGAAGAUUUUAUAUCCUUUUUUUCAUAGGGGAAAGGGGAGAUGGGAAAUGUAGACAUUUAUUUUGAGAAGCAGCAAAUGAUUAUUAGGAACAAUGAAUGGACAGAAAUUAAUUAGCAAAUAAUUUUCUUUUGAGUUAUCUUGUGAAAAAGUCCCUCCAGGCAUGGCUGCAUUUCUGUCUUUCUGAAAUAGGAUACCAGAUCUCAGUGAGGGGAGGAAUGCGAUUGUUUCCUCUACAAAGAGGCUUCUCUAGUCUGGGAAGGAAAUUUCAGAGAGUACCUCCCCGCACUUGGGGAAAGGGCGGGCAACAAGUCAAGGUUAGGGGGACCUGCAUUAUGAGGCAGCUUCUAAAGCCUCUCAGUCUUUGGGGUAUCGCUUUCUGAGCGUCAAGAGUAAAACGUGAUGCAUUACUUUCCUUCCAACCUAGAUUCUAGUAGUUUAGAUCAGUAUCAUCGUUUUUACUUCAAUGUUCAGGAAACGCUGGAAAUUUCUAGCUAACAUCACAGAAAAAAAAAACCCACGAGGUUGACUUCACCUAUUCUGCCUACCCUCGGCAGGUAACUAUGUAUGAACUGACACUCCCAGGCAUAAUCAAAUUACCUCUGUCAAGUCCUCGCCCUAAGACUAUUUUUGGAAACUAGGGAUUUUCCAGAUUACUGAAAGCCUUGUCAGUGUCAAAGGCCGGGCAGGAGUUUCGCAAGCGGAGCUAGGAAAGCCUCCGCCCUACUUCCCCACACUGGCAAAAACACGCCCCCCGGGGAACUUUCAUCUGGGAACCGAUACAGUCCACUGUCCUGUGUUCUUCAAAUACUGUAAAGCAGGAUAAAUACUGUAAAGCAGCCCUCUCCAGUUUCCUUGAGGGUCACUUUAUAUUACACAUUCGUCCACACACGACACCAGUCACCACUUUCAUCCGCCAAAGCGCGCUCAGGUCGGCCGCCACUUCCCUUGGUACAUGCGGAACACUGGCCGCGCCGAGGUUAAAGGAAGAGGCUGGAACGCAGGGUGAAGGGGCGCAGAGAUGAUAGCCAACGCCGCCAUCUCUAUUUUGGGCAUAAGGGAUCUUGUAAAGCUCCAUUAUUCGUGUGGCUAAGUAUCACAAACAAGGUGGUGUCAACAGGCCUUGGCUAGAGAAGGCCUCCUUAGCCACUGAUGACCCCAAGGUCUGUCCCAGCACCAAACACUCCUCGCAGGCCCAGAUGCCGAGGGCGGAGGCGCGGCCUGAAGGGACUAGUUGGCGCGCGGCGGCCCGGCGUGGUGACGUCAGGGCGGAAGCGCACGCGGCGUGAAGCGGCCCAGAACCCGGCGGUCACGGGAAUAUCCGUCGCGCCGAGAACGCUGGUUAGUCUUGUUUCGGGUUCCGGCUGCGUUGAGCUUGCGUGCAGCUCGCUAAGACUAUGGCGUCCGGGCCUCACUCGACAGCUACUGCUGCCGCCGCCGCCUCGUCUGCCGCCCCAAGCGCGGGCGGCUCCAGCUCCGGGACGACGACCACGACGACGACCACGACGGGAGGGAUCCUGAUCGGCGAUCGCCUGUACUCGGAAGUUUCACUCACCAUCGACCACUCUCUGAUUCCGGAGGAGAGGCUCUCGCCCACCCCAUCCAUGCAGGACGGGCUUGACCUGCCCAGCGAGACAGACUUACGCAUCCUGGGCUGCGAGCUCAUCCAGGCCGCCGGCAUUCUCCUCCGGCUGCCGCAGGUGGCGAUGGCAACGGGGCAGGUGUUGUUUCAUCGUUUUUUCUACUCCAAAUCUUUCGUCAAACACAGUUUCGAGAUUGUUGCUAUGGCUUGUAUUAAUCUUGCAUCAAAAAUCGAAGAAGCACCUAGAAGAAUAAGAGAUGUGAUUAAUGUAUUCCACCACCUACGCCAGUUAAGAGGAAAAAGGACUCCAAGCCCCCUGAUCCUUGAUCAGAACUACAUUAACACCAAAAAUCAAGUUAUCAAAGCAGAGAGGAGGGUGCUAAAGGAGUUGGGAUUUUGUGUUCAUGUCAAGCAUCCUCAUAAGAUCAUUGUUAUGUAUUUACAAGUCUUAGAAUGUGAACGUAAUCAAACCCUGGUUCAAACUGCCUGGGUAGUCCAUGAUGGUAAGUCAUAGAACUCUGCCCUCUGCACUUCAGCCCAUGACCUCAGGAUGGCCUGAUUGGCUACCCUGCUCUCCAGCCAAUCCAGUGCAAGCUCUCAUCCGAGAUUCACUGAAGUGGUCCAUAUCCAUCUGGCAGCAUCUUCUAGUUCUGUCGGGGUGUCAAAAGGAUUUGUAUAUUUGCUUCUAGAAGUAACUAUUUGACAUGCCUAUGUAUUUAAUGUAUACUUGUAACUAUCAAAAUGAAUAGUUCAUUUUUGAUAGAUUUGUUGUCCAGCCAUUAUGAAUUAAAUGGUUUCUUAUUAGGAGUUUGACUAAAUUUUUAUUUUUAGUAUGUAUAGCGUGAAUUCUACCAAAGGAGACUACAAACUUGCAGCUUAAAAUGGGAACCAGUUCCCACACUGGCUUAAUUUAUAUAACUGCUUGGCUGUAUUGCGGGUAAUAUUAGAAGCAAGAAGCACUUCAUUUUUAAAAGAGAUGUUACUAUUAUAUUGCUUAAAUGCUUUAGCACUUGGACGUUUUGAGAUGCAGAUGUGUGAUUUAGAGUGCUGGCUUAUUUAAAGGUCAAGCCAAGGAGUUUGUGGAUCAGCCACAACUACUGUUUCCUAAGACUAUUGAUGUGAAGGACUUAGUGAAGUAAUUUUUAUAUUUUGGACUUCCCAGCAAGAUGUCCUUUUAAUGACUGCCAUGCUUCUUUUGGACUCAGUAAAUAUUUGUAAUGUUAGAAAAGUCUCAUUACUUUUAUAAAAUGCAUGACAUUUUAAGUAUGUGUUGCAUAAAAUGGAUUAUAGCAGUUCUCAUGGUUUAGGAUUUUUAAGAAAUAGUCCAUUUAAUUUCAGCUUAACCUUUUAAAUGACCUGUAAAAUUUCUUUAAUAGUUUAGGAAUGUUGUGGGGAGAGUUCAUUAAUAAAAGUUCAGCAAUUUUUUAACUGAAGUAGUUUAUCUCUUUUACCUAGUCACAAAAAAGGUAUGUAAACAAGGCCAUUAUAUGUGUUUAUUGCUCUUUACUUCCCUAUCUAGAUUUUCUAAAUAUCUUAAUUUUCUUAAUAUAAGUUUAACUUGUUACCUACUGAAAAUGCCUUUUUACCCCUGUUAACGAUAUGUUGAGCUUUUGAAAAGAACUUGGUUGACACUGCUUUUAUUGCGGAUAAAGGAGAGAUGGUCAGUAAUUAAUGGCUUGAAGUAUUAUUGGAGUGGUUUAUCAUUUCUGAAACUAAUCAUGUGAGAAUUGACUUUGAAAGCAUUGCUUUUUACAGAAAUAUAUUAACUUUAGGAGUAAUUUCUAGUUGGAUUGUAAUACGAAAUAAUUUAAAAGAGCUUUGCUCAUAUAUAGGAAAAUUGCAAAUGGUCCUACUAUUAAAUUCUUACUGCUUACUGAUUUUUUUGAAUUAAGAGUUGUUAUAUGCUAGAAUAUGAGGAUGUGAAUAUAAAUAAGAGAAGAAAAAAGAAUAAAGUAGAUUGAGUCUCCAAUUUUAUGUAAGCUUCAGAAGAACUGGUUUGUUUACAUACAAGCUU